AUGUCUUCUCAAGCCGAAGUACCGAUAGACGCUGAGCACAUCGAUAAGGCGCAUCGGGAGGAAGAGGUUGCUGAAGAUAAUGGGCCCGAUACUCCUCGGGCUACUACUCAGGAAUUAGACCCUCCCGAACUUGAAGGAAUUUCCGAGCGAGCAAAGGAGAAGCAGAAGCAAAAGCAAAAACAGAGGGAAAUUGUACUCAGUGGACGAGAUGGAUUCGGGCCAGUUUGGGAGGGGUUGCUCGAGUGGAGGGAUAAGAGUGCUAAGGGGGAUGACAUACGUAUGUUACUUCUGGCGUGUUCAACGACGCCUGAGGAAUGUCAUGCAGAUACUUGGCCCCACACGCUCACUAUCGAGCUGACAAGGGGCGUUCCGAUACACGUCCUUCAAGACUGGUUGAGUCGGAAUUCGGCGACGCUUUGCUCGCUCUCUCCUGCUCUGGUUGACCAAGAUGAGGAUAGUGGAGUUGGAGUUGACGCGGCGAUGAAUCCGGUGAAUUACACUAUGUUUUGUCGGCUUUUGAUGGAGCAAAAUUUGUUCGCAACGGUGUCCUGGGUAACGCCCUUCGGAGUGGAAUCCAAAACCAUCCUACUAUUCAGUAUCACUGGGACGGCGCUCGUGGGCGCUGUUUUUCCCUAUGGAAUGCCUGAAUUGCCUGUUGCAAUUGAGUCAUUGAUGCCGAGCGAGUCUCGGUCUUUGGCGGAUUCAUUGUUGGCGCAGUUGUUACCGCCAGACGUCGUACAGUGCCUGCAGAACCUCACGCACGAGAAGAGGAAUAUGGUGAUUUUGGCUUUGAUUCGGUUGCAGAAGGAGGAGAAUGAGAAGAAAGGGGAAGGAGAGGGAGCGGUGGGAUCGUCGGCUGUGCAAGGCCCCGGUACGAGUUAUGAUGUGGGUGGUUCUGGUUCGACGAGUGCGAUGUAUGGUGGAUUUGGAAGCAGCUCUGGGCCCGUAGGAGGAUCCCCACUCUUUUGA